AUGUCAAACCCGCCUCCCGCUCCCGAACACUCCUUGCCUGACCCCCUGGUAACACCUGCUGCUCCCGCCCAACAUGAUUGCUCGGAGGCCGAGUUGUCGUCGGUCAACCCACGUCACCACUUGUCGCAGGACCAACAUUCGUUGUCCCAGGGGGCUCAGCAGGAGACCCAGUCCCCAUCGCGCGCGGAAUCCCCCACCAUCCGUCAAUGGUCCCAGCCCACCCCGGCCUCCGCCCUAAAAAGGACCCAUACAUUACCCUUGGAGACACUCUCCCGUCCCGACACUUUCCAUAGCCCUCAAUUGUCCGAACGUGACAUCGUGGAGAAUGACCAUCAGGUCAAUUUGAUUCCUGGUCUCGAUGAUGUGCCUGGAUCUCCAAGUCCUGCCUCCAAGCUGAAGGCUCAAGACGGGGAAGCGAGUGUUACAGUGCACUCGGUGCCUGCGGGUGAAACAGGUACGAAUACCAGUGCUUUUGAAGACACGUCCACUGAGCGCAGUCUACUUCCUUCAGCUAUAGACGAUGUCUCUCACUCUCCUGGCACGUUGACACCCUCAGCUAGCCACAACUGGCCAUCGCCCGAGGGAGAAGCUGUCCCUUUUCCUCCCCUCACAGACCCCAAUCGAGGUCGUCGGGGACGACUGGAUAAUUCCAUUGAGGCCAAUCUCACCAAUGCGGAGCCAGCCUCCAACGUGCGCAGUCGAAAAUCUAGCCAUUAUUUGGGUUUAUUUAAGGAGAAUACCACUUCCCCAGACCGCAAACGAUGGGAGGACCGUGAUCGAGCUCGGCUGCACGAAAAUCAUGUCGAUCUGAACUCCGGGAUGGAUUUCGACCAGCAGAAUUCGACGCCGUCGAUAGACGAGGAUGUGUCGCUUCGCAAGAGUAUUUCGCUCCCCUCAUUGAGUGAUGGGCAAAUCUUUGAGCCGCCCACUCCAGUCGACCCCCCUCGUCAAGCAGAUCAUGAAGCUCCUUUCAAGCGCCACCCACCGACAUUGCAUCUGAGUCUCUUAGAGGAAAUUCGAAACUUCCACCUCACCCCUGGCGGAGGCCGCGGAUCUUCAUUCUCCAAAAGUAUCCCGACACAAUAUGCCGAACGCAGUCGGGAUUAUUUCCAAGCAGAACCCCACAUUGAACGUUUCAACGAGUCUUUAAGCUCUCUUGAUGAAGAGGCUGAUCAAAACUCGCCCCGAUUCGAGGAUGAGGAGGAAAAUGAGCAAAUCUCAUCUGCAGUCUACUUUCCUCAUGAAAGAGUCGCUGUACCCGAAGAUGACCAGAGGAAAGAGCCGAUAGAGGCAGACUCCCAUAGUGUGCAAACAGUUCAGAUAUCAGCUGCGGAGACAGGCCACGAGCUGAUGUUGGUCCCUCAAGAGCGUAGCAAAUCUUCCCAGCAGGAGGUCGGCCAUGUGGAUAUAUCCUUUCGAUCUAAAAAUGAAAGUAAGAUCCUUCAUGGCGAUCUGUCGGGUCUUCGGUCUCCGACAGAUGGCAUACCAGAAAAUCCUCUGGGUACGAUUUCUGAACACAGCUACGAUCACGGUGACAAAUCCACUACCGACUCCGAAUCUGUAUCUGCCGAUGAAAGUGUACACUCCUCUACCCAUGAUGAUUCUACCACAGAUAGCCUCACCGAUGACGCUGAUACACCCACCGCGACACCAACUCAACGACCAAAAAUUGCUCCUAGGCGCAAGUCCACCCCCCUCGGUGCAGUGGAGUUGAAGCCUUAUCGUCAUCAGGUGGGCGGCCACACCACCGUAUUUCGUUUUUCUAGACGUGCAGUCUGCAAACAGCUUAACAAUCGUGAAAAUGAAUUCUACGAGCGUAUCGAACGAAGGCAUCCUGAUAUGUUGCAGUUUUUGCCGAGGUACAUUGGUGUUCUUAACGUAACCUUCUCCAAGAACUCGAAGCGUACGAAAGGCCACUCUGAGCAAGGCGUCGUUUCCCCGGAAGCACAUCAAGCAAAUGGCGCAUCAAGUGUGAAUUCUCAUGUCAUAGAAGCCCCCGAACCGCAACGAAUUGUGAGCCAAAAACAGAUUACCGGCGUAAUUCCUAAGGUCAUUCUCGAAAACAACCGUCAUAUUAUACCGGCCGAUUUGUUUGGUCGGCCCCAACGGCUACGAGUUGCUGAAAGGGCGCUAACGCGACCGCGCUCUGCUGAUGGUCUUGAUAACAUCGCAGCCGGUUCUGAUCCGUCGUCUGUCAGACAACGAAAAGCUAAAAUAUGGGGCGCUACGACGGUAAAUCGGAAACUUCAAGAACAAGUCCUUCGAGAGGUUUUCAGCCCUCCUGCAAUUCAUCAACAUCGUCGGCAUGCCCGGGGGCAUCUCAAUUUGCCAAGAGCAGCCUCAGAUAUCUCAUAUCACCGUGGAAACCUGUCAGAGGACCACACAUCGAGCAACCUGCCACCUGCACUGUCGAUGACGAGACUCACUACUCUGGAAACGCCGAUUAUGGAUAUGGAUAUUGCACCCUCGAACAAGGAUGGCACAGCCCUUUCAUCAUCAGCAUCCACCGCGUUUGAAGACAAGCGCACCCGCGCCGAGACAAUCAAAGCCGAAGAUGAUCUCAACCGAGCAACUUCAUUGAACCGCGGUCAACAGUCCCGGAGGAGACACUCAGGCAGUGGCUUACAAAGGCGAGGAAGUAUCAAUUCACGCAACCAAAAUGAACUUGUAUUUUUCGACGAUGAGGGAUACGGUGGAGACAGGGAAGAUGAAAUCUUUUCCAUGGAGGGGGACGCCCCGGCGCUCUCAAAUGCACCACCCACAGCAUUGCCAUCAACCUUGAUUGCAUCCAAAGGAAUCCCGCUUGACACUCACACAAAUCAUUUCACAUCCCCGAGCAAACUUCAUGAGGCAGCAGUUGCCAUGGGAGCCAAGGAUGGUGUCGAGUCUCAAUUGCCUAGUAACCCCAAGGAUGCCCUGCUGAGAAAAGACGAGCGCGUUCAGUUUUUCCUACUCCUGGAAGAUUUGACAGCUGGUAUGAACAAACCUUGUGUCCUUGAUCUUAAAAUGGGCACCCGACAGUACGGCAUCGAAGCGAAUGAGAAGAAAAAGAAAUCUCAGAGACGCAAGUGCCAGUCAACGACCUCUCGGCAAUUGGGUGUUCGUCUAUGCGGUAUGCAGGCUUGGAAUGUGAAAAAGCAGGAAUACAUCUUUGAGGACAAGUACUUUGGUCGAGACUUGAAAUCCGGCCGUGAGUUCCAAGAUGCUCUGACACGAUUUCUCUACGAUGGGGUCAGCUACAAUAGCGUAGCAAAAAAGAUCCCAAAUAUAUUGGAGCAGUUAUCCUUGCUAGAGAAUAUGAUUCGCAGGUUGGACCGAUACCGGCUAUACGCGAGCAGUCUCUUGAUCUUAUAUGAUGGGGAACAGUCAGACCCUUCUCCCCAGGAAGCCAACCCCCAGAGUAACGAACGACCAAAGCUGCAACGCCGGACCUCUGAAGAUGGCCACAACACUCCCAAGGUUCAACUGAAGAUCGUGGACUUUGCAAACUGCGUCACCGGCGAAGACGAACUUCCUGCUGAUACACCAUGUCCGCCACACCACCCGAUGGAUAUCGAUCGUGGCUACCUGCGAGGUCUUCGAACACUCCGAAUGUACUUUCAACGAAUUCUGAAAGAGACUGCACAGGACGAGUUCGUGGAACGCGGAGAGGGUGAAGCACUCGCGCUUGGCUCUCAGCCUGCUGUUCGUGAAACGCCCUCAGAUCAAUACUACGAUGAGAGUGUGAUGGAGACCGAUACAGGCGAAGUCAGUUUUUGA